AUGAUUUGCUCGAUCUGUUUCAAGAAUGAACAUAUUUUUGAUGUUAAUGUAGACGAUAAAGGUGACUGUACAUUAUUAAGAAAAUUCAGAAUAUGCGUUCCUGAAGUGAUUUGGGAUAAAUCUUUCAAACUGUGUGUACAAUGUGAACAUAAUCUGGAAAGAACAUAUGAUUUCAAAGAAUUAUGUAUUAAUUCAUACACAUCUUGGAAAAACAUUGAAUGUGUUCCUCAAAAUAAUGUGGAAACCAAUUCAGAUAAUGAAAACUCUUCUGCACCAAUGGAAGAGCCUGAUGACGAUUUUGCAAAAGCAAUUGGUACCAAAAAUGAUCCUAAAAAUGAAAAUACAACAGUGAUUAAAAAUGAAAAAUAUGUGGAUAAUGAGAGGACACCAAUUACUGUGGGAGUAAAAAAAACAGAUAAUGGUUCAACAUGUACUUUAUGUGGGACUACAUUAACUAAUAAAUACCUUCUAAGAAGACAUAUUCAAAAUGUGCAUGCUACAGAAAAAAAAUAUAGGUGUGAGAUGUGUCAAAGAGCUUUUACAUCAGCUGUUUAUCUGAGUGCUCACAAAAGGUAUCAUACAGGAAUAAGGUCUCAUAUCUGUUCUACUUGUGGUAAAGGCUUCAUCACUGCAAGUGAUUUAUAUCAUCAUGAAAAAAUACAUGCAAACAAGAGGGCUUAUAGAUGUGAGACAUGUCCCAAGGCAUUCAAUACUUCUUCAGACUUGCACAAGCACAAAAUUUGUGUGCAUUUAGAUAGAUCUCUCUGGAAGUAUGCUUGCACUUUGUGUGAAAGGAAAUUCCCACUGAAAAUCAAUUUGGAUAGCCAUAUAAUGGCACACAGGGGAGAGAAAAAUUUUUCUUGUCACCUUUGUGAUAGGAAAUGUAUCACAAAAUCUGUAUUACAAAACCACAUCCAGACACACUCUAACAUCUUGACCUUGGUUUGUGGCCUAUGUUCUCAAACCUAUAAGUACAAAAAGUCAUUGAACCAUCACAUGGUCAAAGCUCAUGGUAUUGGGAAUGUGGUGAAAUUCUCCCAGUCCACAAAAAAAACUUGUUAG